GGAUCUUGUCACUGAUGCGAUUGGCUGUCCUGAGGACUCCUGCUUGGUGAAAUCAGAGAUGGAGCAGCUCAAGAAACCAAAAGCACAUACUGAGAAAGGAGUCUUUGAAAAGAUAAAGCUUUACCUUCUCCAGAAGCCACUGCUGUCUCCCACUGACCGGAGGAAGUUUGACCGUGACUUUGCUAUCUCCACUUCCUUUCAUGGGGUUCACAAUAUUGUUCGGAGCCGAAACAAAAUCCAGAGAGUAAUCUGGCUGACCGUGGUGCUGGGCUCAGUCUCCCUCCUGAUGUGGCAGGUCUACAGUCGCUUGGUCAACUACUUCUCAUGGCCGACCACCACAUCUAUAGAGGUGCAGUAUGUGGAGAAGAUUGAGUUUCCUGCUGUGACAUUCUGCAAUUUGAACAGGUUCAAAACAGAUGCUGUCGCCAGAUUUGGCAUCAUUUAUUUCUUAUGGGAUAUUGUAUCCAAGGUUUUCCAUGUUCAGGAAAUCAAUGCCAAUUCCACUGACUCUCAACAGGCUAUUGAUUUUGUUUCGACUCACCAAAACUUCAGCAUUACGGAGUUUGUAAAGAACAAUGGUUUUUAUCUCAAUAGCAGCACCUUGUUGGCGUGUGAGUUUUUUGGAAUGCCAUGUGGCCCAGAGGAUUUUAAACACAUCUUCACUGAAUACGGAAACUGUUUUACUUUUAAUCAUGGUGAAAAUAUCCAAGGAGAGAGAAAAGUGAGUGUGUCCGGAAGAGGCUUAAACUUGGUCUUCGAUGUUCAUCAGGAGGAAUUUACUGACAGCUCAGCCCUUGGUUUUGCUAAAGCGGGGAUCAUCUUCGAUAUCCAUUCACCGAAGAAGGAGCCACAGUUCGAUGGCUUGGGCUUGUCCUCCCCCGUGGGGAUGCACGCGAGAGUGACAAUCCGCCAGCUGAAGACAGUUCACCAAGAAUACCCUUGGGGAGAAUGCAAGCCUAGUCUCAAGCUGAAUUCCGGCAGCUAUAGCACUUCUGGGUGCUUGAAGGAGUGCAAAGCCCGGCACAUAGAAGAGUGGUGUGGAUGUCUGCCUUUUAUGCUUCCAGGAAAUGGGAUUGAAUGUGACCUACAAAAAUACUACAACUGUGUUUCUCCUGUCCUUGACCUCGUAGAAUUUAAGGAGUUAUGUACCAUGGGAACACAUAACUCCAGCUGUCCUGUGUCUUGUGAGGAAACAGAAUACCCUGCCACCGUUUCUUAUUCCACGUUUUCGGGACAAAAUGCUUUGAAACUUCUCUCCAAGAAGCUGAAUCAAAGCCAAGAAUAUAUCAGAGAGAAUCUGCUGAACAUUGAAAUCAACUACAGCGACUUAAACUAUAAGAUAACCCAGCAGCAAAAAGCAGUCAGCGUGCCUGAAUUACUUGCGGAUAUCGGUGGCCAGCUGGGCCUAUUCUGUGGGGCCAGUAUGAUUACAAUUAUUGAAAUUAUUGAAUAUAUAUUCACCAAUUUCUACUGGGUUUGCAUUUUCUUUUUGCUGAAGAUACCUGCAGUGACCCAGUGGGCUCCUCCGUCUCACAAUCAUUCUGGGAAUAAAAAUGGGAUAGAAGAGUGCUAACGUUCAGUUAAAAUAAAAGCGUAUUUUUACACUUCACAAUACUUUCAGAUUCACCACGGUUAACUCAUUGUUUAUA